CAGAUGACAACUUAAGCCAUGAGACAGGGAAACGUGGACCAGUUUGGUCAUGGAAUGAAUGGGAUCCAUUAGAAGAGGUCAUAGUAGGAAAUGUAAAUGGUGCAACUGUGCCCCCAUUCACUGUUGAAGUUAAGACAAACACACAUGCAAAACAUUGGGAGUUCUUCAGAAAGCAUGGUGGAAAAUCAUUUCCCGAAGCCCAUCUAAAGAAAGCCAAUGCAGAAAUUGAAGAAUUUUGUAAUAUAUUAAAACAUGAAGGGGUAGAAGUAAAAAGGCCCGACUACGUGGAUUUUUCACAAGUUUAUCAGACUCC